CGGGUUUUGUUUAUCGUGGCGUUCGCACGUGAUUUGCGGUGUUUGUGUCCAGUAUGUCCAGCGCAUAGUUUGUCAGACGUGAGACGUGAUGGUGUGCUGCGCCGUCCCGCUUUGCAAAUCGAAGAAAGGAGUGUCGAAUCGAAGUAUUUCGUUCCACGAGUUCCCCGCAAACGUUGCCUUGCGGGAGAAGUGGCUGGAAAAUAUAGCGCGGGGUCCAGACCCGGGAAUGAACGAACCAUGGCGGCCCUCAGACCACUCGACAGUGUGCUCUCGACAUUUCACGGCUGAGGACUUCAGCAUCGGCGCAAAGCGCAAAAUUCUCAGGCGUGGGGCCAUACCCACUGUGUUUGAAGACUACCCGGAAUACCUGCGACCUCCAGUGACUGCCCCGCGACCUCCUCUCACCACGCAUCCAGUGGAAGCUGGGAAUAAGAGGAAGAGGUCUCCUUCGCCCCGUGAGCAGGGCGUCCCGCAUCCUCCCGACGUUACCCGGCCAAAAUCGCCACCUGGAGGCAACAAAAGCUCGCGCUCAGCGUGCACAUACGUGGCCCCAGGUGAACGCCUACAGCAGCCCGAAGCUGCGCAAGAGGCACCGAGCGUAAAGUCUGUUAGCUGCGGAACGGUUUUAUCGCACAAAGACAUUUCUCGAAUGCACACAAGGAUUCAGACUCUAGAAAGGAAGUGCAGACGAGAGAAGGCCAAGGUUAGACAGAUGGAUGACAGACUACAGUCAAUGUCCGGUGAUCUGCGGAAUGCACAGCAGAAGCUCUCGAUGUACAACAUCCCAGUUUUGGAGCAAAAGCUUGAGGAUCAAGAACCCUGCGCACUGUUUCUCAAGGAACAGCUCAUGGCACUUCACAAAACAAAGCCUCGGUGGACAGAGCAGACCAUACAGCACGCAGUUUUAUGGCACGCACAGUCACCGGCGGCGUACCACUUUGUUCGAAACUCCAAGUUGCUGUCGUUACCCUGCCCCGUGACCUUAAAGCGCUACGUAGGUUCGUGCACCGAGGUAGUAGUGUCCUCUCUAUUAGAGGAAGGACCCGCUGAGGAGACCGAACAGCACUCCUUGCACGCUCUUAACGGCUCAUACUUGUUGGAGACGGACGAAACGUCGCAGCAGUAGACACGGUUCAGUUGCAUCAACGCAAAGUCAACACUGGCAGCAUGGCCUUGAGGGCGGGGCCAGCUUCCCAACUUCUCUGCCUUGUCUCUGCCGGUCUCUCGACCUCGUAACGGGUACCCGUACGCUUGCUUCUAUGCCACUUCUUGCUGCGUUCUUCAGAGAGACGGCAUAAACAGAAGAACAACGGCGACUACGUAUCGGUCCCCGCUACCGCUACGUGGGCUUUACGACGUUCAAGAGAGGCUGCCCAGUAACUACGUAGAAAACGGCGCAGAGACGAGACACGAAGAAGAAACGAGUGCACACACGCAGCGUUCUCUGUGUGUGUGCACUUGUUCCUUCUUUGUGUCCCAUCUCUACGCUGUUUUCUACGUAGUUAUGUACCGACUUGCCCAAAUCUCCGCCUUAACUCUGCCCAGUAACUUCAGGCCCGUGGCUUACUUCAGCAAAAAAACACAUUUUCCGCACGAACUUUGAGGACACAAAUGUGGAGGUGGUGACUUUUGUGUUUGAAGUUUGCCGAUACGAAUUCUUUUGUUUCUUGUCAUCAGUUCAAUCUUUCUUUCCUUUUUUAUCAUUAUUAAUCAUUUCUUGACAGAGGCCAGUAUAUAAGAGUCUUCAGCCUGCAGGUUACUGGUGCUCUUCACUACCUUAUCACCGUGACAAGGAGCUAGGUGUUAUUAGAGAUGCGAAGUCCCGAAAAAAAGAAGAAAAAAACAAAUUUUGUGAAAACCAUUUCUUAAUUAUUUUUUUUUCCUUGUCUCCGGAAAAAUUGCCACAUUUCCAGACGACAAAAAAUCAAUAAAAUGAAUUUUCGUGCCUUC